ACGGACGAGGGCGGACGGCCGCAGCGCUGCAUGCCUGAGUUCGUGAACGCCGCCUUCAACGUGACCGUGGUGGCCACCAACACGUGCGGGACUCCGCCCGAGGAGUACUGCGUGCAGACCGGGGUGACCGGGGUCACCAAGUCCUGUCACCUGUGCGACGCCGGGCAGCCCCACCUGCAGCACGGGGCAGCCUUCUUGACCGACUACAACAACCAGGCCGACACCACCUGGUGGCAAAGCCAGACCAUGCUGGCCGGGGUGCAGUACCCCAACUCCAUCAACCUCACGCUGCACCUGGGCAAAGCAUUUGACAUCACCUACGUGCGCCUCAAGUUCCAUACCAGCCGCCCCGAGAGCUUUGCCAUUUACAAGCGCACCCGGGAGGAUGGGCCCUGGAUCCCAUACCAGUACUACAGCGGCUCCUGUGAGAACACCUACUUCAAGGCCAACCGCGGCUUCAUCCGGACCGGAGGGGAUGAGCAGCAGGCCUUGUGCACAGAUGAGUUCAGUGACAUUUCCCCACUGACGGGGGGCAACGUGGCCUUCUCCACUCUGGAAGGAAGGCCCAGUGCCUACAACUUUGACAACAGCCCCGUCCUGCAGGAAUGGGUAACUGCCACUGACAUCAGGGUCACUCUUAAUCGCUUAAACACCUUUGGAGACGAAGUAUUUAAUGACCCGAAGGUCCUCAAGUCCUAUUAUUAUGCAAUCUCUGAUUUUGCUGUGGGUGGUAGAUGUAAAUGUAAUGGGCACGCAAGUGAGUGUGUGAAGAAUGAAUAUGGCAAGCUGGCGUGUAACUGCAAACACAAUACUUACGGGGUAGACUGUGAGAAGUGUCUUCCUUUCUUCAAUGACCGGCCGUGGAGGAGAGCAACGGCAGAGAGCGCCAGCGAAUGCCAGCCGUGCGACUGCAGUGGGCGAUCACAGGAAUGCUAUUUUGACCCUGAGCUGUAUCGCUCCACUGGCCACGGAGGCCACUGCACCAACUGUCAGGGUAACACGGACGGUGCCAAGUGUGAGAGGUGCCGGGAGAAUUUCUUCCGCCUUGGAAGUCAUGAAGCCUGCUCUCCGUGCCACUGCAGUCCUGUGGGUUCUCUCAGCACACAGUGUGACAGCUAUGGCAGGUGCAGCUGUAAGCCAGGAGUGAUGGGUGACAAGUGUGACCGCUGCCAGCCUGGGUACCAUUCACUCACUGAGGCAGGAUGCAGACCUUGCGCCUGUGAUCCUUCUGGCAGCACCGAUGAAUGUAAUGUUGAAACAGGAAGAUGUGUUUGCAAAGACAAUGUGGAAGGCUUCAAUUGUGAGAGAUGCAAACCUGGAUUUUUUAAUCUGGAACCAUCAAACCCGAGGGGCUGCACACCCUGCUUCUGCUUUGGGCAUUCCUCUGUCUGUACAAAUGCUGUGGGCUACAGUGUUUAUUCUAUAACCUCUAACUUUCAUAUUGAUGAGGACGGGUGGCAUGCGGAGCAGAGGGACGGCUCUGAAGCAUUACUUGAGUGGUCUGCUGAGAGACAAGAUAUCUCUGUCACCUCAGAUAGCUACUUUCCUAGGUACUUCACUGCUCCUGCGAAGUUCUUGGGCAAACAGGUGCUGAGUUAUGGUCAGAACUUCUCCUUCUCCUUUCGAGUGGACAGGCGAGACACUCGCCUCUCUGCAGAAGAUGUGGUGCUUGAAGGAGCUGGCCUGAGAGUGUCCGUGCCCUUGAUCGCUCAGAGCAACUCCUACCCUAGUGAGAAUGCGGUGAAAUAUGUCUUCAGGCUCCAUGAAGCGACAGAUUACCCUUGGAGGCCUACUCUUACCCCUUUUGAAUUUCAGAAGCUCCUAAACAAUUUAACUGCUAUCAAGAUCCGUGGAACAUACAGUGAAAGAAGUGCUGGAUAUUUGGAUGAUGUCACCCUGGCGAGUGCUCGACCUGGGCCUGGGGUCCCUGCCACCUGGGUGGAAUCCUGUACCUGUCCUGUGGGCUAUGGAGGGCAGUUCUGUGAGAUGUGCCUCUCUGGUUACAGAAGAGAAACCCCAAGUCUGGGGCCAUACAGUCCGUGCGUGCUCUGUACCUGCAAUGGGCACAGUGAGACCUGUGACUCCGAGACAGGUGUUUGUAACUGCAGAGACAACACAGCCGGCCCCCACUGUGAGAAGUGCAGCGAUGGGUUCUACGGUGAUUCAACCAUGGGCACCUCCUCUGACUGCCAGCCCUGCCCGUGUCCUGGGGGCUCGAGCUGUGCUGUUGUGCCUAAGACAGAGGAGGUGGUGUGCACCAACUGUCCUACUGGCACCACAGGUAAGAGAUGUGAGCUCUGUGACGACGGCUACUUUGGAGACCCUCUGGGCAGAAAUGGUCCGGUGAGGCUGUGCCGCCUGUGCCAGUGCAAUGGCAACAUUGACCCCAACGCCGUGGGAAAUUGCAACCGCUUGACGGGAGAAUGCCUGAAGUGCAUCUAUAACACUGCCGGCUUCUAUUGUGACCGAUGCAAAGACGGAUUUUUUGGAAAUCCCCUGGCUCUCAAUCCAUCUGACAAAUGCAAAGCCUGCAGCUGCAAUCCCUAUGGGACCGUGAGGCAGCAGAGUGGCUGUAACCCCGUGACCGGGCAGUGUGAAUGUCUGCCUCAUGUGAGUGGCCGGGACUGCGGGGCCUGCGAUCCUGGGUACUACAACCUGCAAAGUGGGCAGGGCUGCGAGAGGUGCAACUGCCAUGCUUUGGGUUCCACCAAUGGGCAGUGUGACAUCCACACUGGCCAGUGUGAGUGCCAGCCUGGCAUCACAGGACAGCAGUGCGAGCGCUGCGAGGUCAACCACUUUGGGUUUGGACCUGAAGGCUGCAAACCCUGUGACUGUCACCCAGAGGGGUCUCUUUCGCUCCAGUGCAAAGAUGAUGGUCGUUGUGAAUGCAGAGAAGGCUUUGUGGGAAAUCGCUGUGACCAGUGUGAAGAGAAUUAUUUCUACAAUCGGUCUUGGCCUGGGUGCCAGGAAUGUCCAGCAUGUUACCGACUGGUAAAGGACAAGGUGGCUGAUCAUCGAGCAAAACUCCGGGAAUUGGAGAAUCUCAUAGCAAACCUCGGAACCGGGGACGAGGCGGUGACGGAUCAAGCAUUUGAGGAUAGACUCAGACAAGCAGAGAGAGAGGUUAUGGACCUCCUUCGUGAGGCCCAGGAUGUCAAGGAUGUGGACCAGAAUUUGAUGGAUCGCCUCCAGAGAGUAAAUAAUACCCUUUCCAGCCAAAUUAGCCGUUUGCAGAAUAUCCGGAAUACCAUUGAGGACACUGGAAACUUGGCUGAACAAGCACGUUCCCGGGUAGAGAGCACAGAGCAGUUGAUUGAAAUCGCAUCCAGAGAACUUGAAAAAGCAAAGAUGGCCGUUGCCAACGUGUCAAUUACUCAGCCAGAAUCUACAGGAGACCCAAACAACAUGACUCUUUUGGCAGAAGAGGCACGAAGGCUGGCUGAACGCCAUAAGCAAGAAGCUGAUGACAUUGUACGAGUUGCAAAGACAGCCAAUGACACAUCAAUGGAAGCAUAUGAUCUGCUUUUGAAGACACUGGCAGGAGAAAAUCAAACAGCAUUGGAGAUUGAUGAGCUUAAUAGAAAGUAUGAACAAGCAAAGAACAUCUCACAAGACUUGGAGAUGCAGGCUGCCCGCAUCCUUGAGGAAGCCAAGAAGGCUGGCGACAAAGCUGUGGAGAUCUAUGCCAGUGUGGCCCAGCUCACCCCUGUGGACUCAGAAGCACUGGAGAAUGAGGCAAAUAAAAUAAAGAAGGAAGCCGAAGAUCUGGAUCGACUCAUUGACCAGAAGUUGAAAGAUUAUGAGGACCUCAGAGAGGACAUGAGAGGGAAGGAACUGGAAGUAAAGAACCUUCUGGAGAAAGGAAAGACAGAACAACAGACCGCAGACCAACUUCUGGCACGAGCUGAUGCUGCCAAAGCUCUCGCUGAAGAAGCUGCUAAAAAGGGACGGAAUACCUUACAGGAAGCUACUGACAUUCUCAACAACUUGAAAGAUUUUGAUAGGAGAGUCAAUGACAACAAGACAGCGGCAGAGGAGGCUCUAAAGAGAAUUCCUGCCAUCAACCAGACUAUCACUGAAGCCAAUGAAAAGACCAGGGAAGCUCAGCUGGCUCUGGGCAACGCUGCUGCUGAUGCCACCGAGGCUAAGGACAAGGCCCAUGAGGCUGAGAGAAUUGCCAGCGCCAUCCAAAAGAAUGCUACCAGCACCAAGGCAGAAGCUGAAAGGACUUUUGCAGAAGUCACAGACCUGGAUAACGAUGUGAACAAUAUGUUGAAACAGCUACAAGAAGCAGAAAAGGAGCUGAAGCGGAAGCAAGAGGAUGCCGACCAGGACAUGAUGAUGGCAGGGAUGGCUUCCCAGGCUGCUCAGGAAGCCGAAAUCAAUGCCAGGAAGGCCAAAAACUCCGUCAACAGCCUCCUCCAGCAAAUUAAUGACCUCUUGGAGAAGUUGGGGCAGCUGGACACAGUGGACCUGAACAAGCUAAAUGAGAUCGAAGGCACCCUGAACAAAGCCAAAGAUGAGAUGAAAGUCAGUGAUCUAGACAGGAAAGUGUCUGACCUGGAGAAUGAAGCCAAGAAGCAGGAGGCUGCCAUCAUGGACUAUAACCGAGACAUCGAGGAGAUUAGAAAGGACAUUAAAAACUUGGAAGACAUCAAGAAGACCUUACCAUCGGGCUGCUUCAACACCCCGUCCAUCGAGAAGCCCUAGCAUCUCCCCUCGGGAACACAGCAUCCCCUGACCGGGAAGCCGUUGUGAGGACAUGUAGUGCCUUCACACAGACAUGACAUUGUUCAGACCCCCACUUCUCUGCUGCUCUCCAUCACUAUCCUUUUGAACCAGGAAAAGUCACAAAGUUUAAAGAGAAGUUAAACACCGUGAAUCAGGAACAAAAGGUUUGCUCUAAUAAAGUCUCUCUUCUACCUUCA